AUGAUUCAUGAUUGCUCAUUCGGCAUCUUUAUGAACAACAACGAGUGGCGAAAACGUGUGCCUUCAAGGCGAAACAAAAACCACGAUACAUUCUAUAUUCCCAUCUCUGCCACAAGAUGGUAUAUAUAUUACGGGAUUGGCUCGGCCUUUGUCGAGUACUCAAGGUCUUUCCAUCCAAAUUCGACCCCUGACAAUCUCUACUCCCUUGCCAGCCCCCUUACGUUCAACCAAAGAAUUACAUCUCAUACCAUAAAACUGGCCAACGUUGGAGCAGCCUGCGAGCAGACACUAGCAGAUAUGGAUACCAAGUUCCCUUCAUCUUGCAGGCUAUGCAAUAUACCCCUUGAUAGCCAAGGUGCUUGGCGACAACAUGCCAGGAGUGAAUUGCAUAUACAUAAUCUUCGCCUGCGAGUAGCAGAGCCUGGAAGCACCAUAUUGCCCUUACAGUCAAGGGCAAAGACCAUCAACCCAGACCACGAUUCCCUUUCAGAAGAUGACUCAGAUGAAACAGACGAGGACCAACCUUGGAUGUUGGAGUUUGAUCCUGAACAAUGCCUUUUCUGUGGUGAAGCAAGGGCCUCAUUUGAUGACAAUAUUCUCCACAUGUCAAAGGCGCAUAGCUUCAUCAUACCAUAUCAAGAUCACCUGGACGCCGACAUCACACCCCUUCUGAGAUACCUAUACUUUGAAAUUUUUGGGUACCACAGGUGCAUAUUGUGCUCUACUCAUCGAAGAACAGUUGAAGGUAUUCAACACCACAUGAUGGCGAAGGGCCAUUGCAGAUUCGACAUUACUUCGCACACUUCCGGCUUUUAUAAUUUCCGCCAGGAACACCAUAAAACAAAAGUUGCAGGUAUUAGCCCAUUACUGCGGCUAUCUCCAGUUAGAAUCUACGGCUAUCGUACUCGAGUGUCUGAUAAGUAUCGUCAAUCGCUGGGGCGCAGAGAUUCUCCUCAGUCGCUGCUCCAUGCAACAGAACAAGGGAGUACUGAAACUGAAGAUGAUAAACCAACCUCAGCUUCCUGCACCCAGUUAUUAGGACUCAGUCGAGGCGAUCAGAAAGGUUUAGCGCAUCUGUCCAAUCCUGAGCUUCGAUCAUUGCUUGCUAUCCGAGCGAAGCAUAUUGGCCAAUUGAGGCGAAAAGAGACAAAUGCCAAAUUGAAGCUUGAGAAGGCUGGAAACAUAACUUUGACUGCACAUUUUAGGGCAGAUACAUCUAAGAGAUUCAGGGGUCCUUGGGGGUAG